CGAACGAGAACGUACAAGGCUAAAUGGCCGUUGAGAUUAGCCAAGGUGUUUGCGACCUAUGCGGAGCGCCUUCAGACGCAAGCCUGCAAGAAUGCAACUGGCUGACAUGUACAUAUCAGCACUGCGAAGGCGGACUUUAUCAUCAAGAAUGUUUGGAAAAGUAUUUGAAGUCCAACAAGCUGGAAAAGAAUCGCAAAACUGGUUUCAAAUGCCCCCGGGGUUGUGGAAAGGGGACGCGGUUCGACCAGGCUUGCCCGGGACGGAUCGACAAAUCUCAUCCUAUACAUCCACGCAACGAGGACAAGAAGAAAACAAAGCUUGCGGCAGUUGUCGUGGAGCCUCAGCGUCCCGCCAAGCCAUCUGCGCCCCCAGCGCAAAAUGGAAAAGCUGCAAAAACAAAGGAAGAAAGCAAGGCGGACGCUCCCAAAGACUCCAAAAGUGCAGCGCUCAUAAAACCGGCGCCAACCGCCAAGCCAGCUGCGGCUAUUGCUGCGACGCCAUCCGCAACGGCCACAGGGCAAAAAGCGGUGCGCAAGGAGAUACCGGCGCUACCGCCGCGCCCGGAGGUCGUAACCAAGCAGAAACUGGUAGAGCUAGCGGCACAGGCGCGGCGCGAGCUUGGGCUAUCCGCGCCGAGCACCUCUCUGGCGAGUCACGGCUCUAAGGGGGACCUCCAGGGGCUCGUGAGCUCGUCGGCCGGGCCAUCCAAACCAGCCGGCACGACUGCCGCAUCGGCAUGGGGUAAACCUUCGGGACCAUCUGCAGAGCCCGCGGGCCUCAGUCCUCAGCCAACCAUGAUGUUGCAGUUGCCACAGCUUCAACAAUUGCUUCAACAAGCAACAGUGGGAAAGAAGCAGACAGCAAAAACAACGCCGGUUGCGGCAGCGAGCGCACCGACGCAAGCAGCACCGAAAGCGGCACCACCGGUGCCCCAGCCUGUUACUCCCCCCCCACCCGUAUGGCCAGCACUAGGGACGGCGCAGUCGUCAGCAGCAGCCCUGUUCUCCUCCUCCUCUGUACCAUCCACGCAAGUCGCUUCCCGGGAACUAACACCCCGGCCAGGGUCCCCCCCAUCCGCCUGGGGGUCAACCUUAGCAACGGCCUCCUCUUCCGCACAGCAGCAGCAGUCAUCCAUGCAACAUCCACAGCAGGCUGCCACAUCUGCCGCAUCCUCAUUGAACUCCACAGCAUCAGGGUCACGUUUGCACACCCCGGGUUCGUCCUCCGCUGCCGCCGCCACCACCGCGACAGCGGCGUUGGUCGGACCUUCCACGUCAGGGUCCAGCACCCCGGCUGCGCAAGGGCCGUCCUCUGUCGCGUCGGUCGUGCCAUCAGCACCUGCAUCAGCAGCGGCGGUGGUGGCGUGUGCAUCCGGGCCAGGCUCCGGGCAGCAAGGGUCCAUACCUGAGGCAGCAGUGGGGAGUUUUUCAGGGGCAGCGGGCAACAGCAGCAGCGGAAACCUGCGGGCAAGCUUGAGUGCAUUAGAGCCGCAUCCGGGGUCGGCGGGUGCGUCAGCGGCACCGUCGGUUGUUGGUCCGUCGCCGUCCGCACGAGCCGGGUCGCAACUUGUGGGUGCGGACUUCAUUGAUGAAGAAGCCAAGGAACCGAAGCUCACAAAGGCUCAAAAGAAGAAUUUCAAGCGUGCGGAGAAAAAGAAGUUGCCGCUGAGCGCGUCCGUGGACCUGCAGCCCGGCGGUUUUGGGGAGAUGAUUGCGCAGGAGGCGUCUGAGGGCCUCCUGAGAUCAUCCAUCGACUGUGGCGCGAUUGGCAUUGGUAGUGACAGGGGUAACGGCUCCCGGCUUACAUCAGGGGCCGCGGCGGGCUGCCGCACCGGUAGCAGCCGGCUGGCCGACACGGGUGCGCCAUCCACUAGCGGUCGCGGUGCCGUCGGAGGCAGCAGCAGCGGUGGGCAUGAGCGGCAAGCGUCCCACGGGUCCGAAGACCCCGAGCAGUCGCACAUCACUGAGGGGGAGGCGGCCGCCGUCAUGGAGGAGCUCUGCAUUAAUUGCAUCGUCGCGCGCAAGGUCCUGUCGCUCAUAACCCAGUUGCAGCGCUUGGGCGCGUUGGAGUAUGUGGCGGCGGCGGCGGUUCAGCGCCACGGCAGCAAUCUGCUAGCCGCGCUGGAGUGGCUCCUAGUUGCGGGUGGGGACGCAGCUAAUGCGCCGCCGGGCGUGGUGCUGGCCGCGGCGGCGGAAAGCGCCUCCGCGGCGGAAUCGGAGAUUGACAUCUCUGAGGAGCUGGAGCAGCUGCACGACCUGCAAGCCGCCAUGGGUGUCCCGACUGAGCUCCUGCAACAAUGCGUCGUGGACUGCAACGGCGACGUGCAAACCGCAGCGAACACCGCAAUGGAGCGAAUGCUGUCGGCGCCCGCGGCCGCAAGUUCCGGAGCAGCACUAGCCACCACCUCCGCUGCCGCCGGCGGCUCAACGGCAGGCGCAAUGACGGGAAGCUCGCGCGGCGGCGCUGCCGCGCCUCGCGUGAGCAACGGCAGUAGCAGCCUGCUCGGUGGCGGGCAAGGGAACGGCCUUGGUCUGCACGGCUCCGCAUCAUUCUACUCCAUCAGCUCGCUAGACGGUGCUGGAAGCCUUCCGGACGGCGAGGUUGCCACGCUCAAGCAGCAGCAGCAGCAGGGGCUGGUGUCCUUAAAGCCGACGCCUCAGCAACAACCGCAGCAGCAGCAGCAAGCACGGAGCAGCCAUUUUGGCGUUCGGCUACAGGACCCGCCGGAGACGGAGUGCAGCGCAAGCGCCAGCGGUGGGUACGGUGUGGGGGACACGGUCACGGAGGGAUUUCUGCGGGGAGGUGUGGUGUUGGGCGCGUCGGGUUGGCCGAACGGCUACCUGCGGGAAUCAGCACCGCCGGGGUUCGGUUCCGGAGCUGGAGCGGGUUCUGGCCCCGGUGCAGGCGCCGUUGGCCGCAGCACCAGCCGAUUGCUGCACUGGCUCCGCGACGAGCCGGGGCGAGCGGCUGCGCUUGAAGAGGAGGAGGAGGACGCGGCGGCGGCGGCGGCCUCAGGUCUGGCGAGCAGGAGCGGUGCUCCGGAGCUGUUCGCAUGCGACCCGGUCGUCAACUCGCCCUUCUCAGCCGCGCACGGCGGCGGUGCGACGCGCGUUCGGGGCCCGUCAGCAGACAGCGUCACAUCACCCUCGCUCGCGUAUUGGCUGGGCGGCAACGGCUACCAUCGUAGUACCGCCGGGUCUGUAGGUCCGAUAGGUCCCGGCAGCUCCGCUGGCGUGUCGGGUGGCGGCGGGAUAACCACUACUGGCGGCGGCGCGCUGGACCCGUACAACGGCGGCGGCGGCGGCGGUGCCAGUCAUGGCAACUUCUCUUUCAUGUCUUCGCUCAGCAAACCGCCGUCUGCGAGCCCCCAGGGCGGUGUCCUUGACCUGCUGGGAGGAGAGGGGUACCAGAGCAGGUGGAUGAGCCUGGGCACCUUGGCAGCCCACUCGCGGCAAGACCACCCGUCAAAUCCUGCGCUGCUAUUUGGCGGCGCCACGACGACGACGACGACGACGGGGGGUCCCCCGCGGGAGCUGGCGGAGCAACAGAUGCCUCACUCCACCGAGGGCGAAAACGACCUGAGCGCGAUUAUGGCCCUCAUCAACGUCCGCUGA